CUAGAGUUUUUUUUUUUUAAUGUUAGACAAUGAUUGAAGUUAUGACUCAUGUACAACGCCACAUAUCAUUCCAAUUGCUUCACCCUUUCUAUUACCUCCCACAAAGGCAAGGAACUUAUUCCUUAAACACCACCACCACCGGGGCAUGAAGAUUUCUUUUAACUGUUUUCUCCACCACCACCACCCCCUUCCUCCCGAUUUUCGCAGCCAUGGAAGACUGCAACAUGAUUGCCGCAGACUGCGUCGUGAUUUCAUGCUGCUGCCAGUGCUUGAUCCUCCAAAUCACCAUCUUCAUCUUGUACAAGCUCCCUUGCAAGUUGAUCCGAAAGACGAGAGAGUACACCAUGAAGAAACUUCAACAGAGAAGGAGAAAGGAGAUUAUAGUGUUGGAUACAUGUAAAGACGUUGAUUUUGCGAGUGUUGUCGGAGAGUCCAUGAGAUCAUCCAUGGAGGCAGGAGGAGGACAUAGUUGCAGGCGCUGCAUGGAGGAGGUGGAGGAGGUGCUGCAGGAGUUUUCUCAGAGAGGAGAGUUUGGAUUUGGAAGCUUUUGGGGUAGGGGAGAAUUGGGUUGCUCCCCAAGUCAUCAUUCACCAAAUCAUGAUCCAUUUGAUACUAGUUUUGUACAAUAUCACUUGAUUGAAAUGGUGGCUCUGUCAUCUAUUGAUCAUAAAGCUAGGUAGCUAUUCAAUCGCAAAAAAUCUUACCUGCAACAUGUUUUGUAUGUUCCUCAUUUCUCUGCAUUUCUAGUCACGUAACAUGUCUUAUCACAUAAUUAGUCGCUUGACAACAAAUGUAAAGUGACGGGUAUAAUCGAAACGGGUUUUAGUAGCCAUUGAUCAAAAUAUUGUGGCUCAUUCA